AAUGAGAACUUGCAAAGGCCUUUCUCUGGGUACUCUAAUGUGUCAUGUGCUAAUAAUGUCUCUUCACUGUGUGUCUCCCAGAUCGAUACGGUGUGUAAGGAGAUAGAUACUGUAGGAUACAUUUGUCAAACACCUUUAACAUGAAGAUGGUGAAAGAAAAGUGCAGCUUUCUGAAGAAUGGCAUGGAGUCCUGUAGGACAAUCUCAGAUCAGUUCAUAAAUGAGUGUAAAUGUGUGUUUUUGAGAGACAGCUCAGAUACCUUAGGCCAGCAUUUCCCAAACUCGGUCCACACCCCAAAGACCAGGAGGUUAGUGAGGACUUCUACUAUAUUCAGCCCCUUGUGAACGGCCACAGACUGGGGAACAUCGUUCGCCGUUACAGCCCCUAUGACAACUUCAUGACCUCUAAGAACCACGAGGAUGUGUCCGUGGCACCGUCCCUCAGCCUUGCUAAUUCCAUCCAGGGCUUCGGCACCGUGGUAUGGUGAGGAGUGUUCUAUAACUGCUGCGACUCCGCUGAGCUGGCCCACUAUGACCUACAGGCCAAGGUCACAAGUCGUCUGAAGAUACCUGACGUCGGCUACAACAACCAGUUCCCCUACUGCUACUACAACUGUAAAGACUGGACCGACAUCGACUUUGCUGCUGAUGAGACUGGGUUAUCUACAGCACUACUGUGGCCUUGGUGCUGAGCCAGUUCCUAAUAUUCUGUACACUCAAUGUAGAAACAGUGUGUGUGCUGUUUUCUGCUUAUCUUAUAUAAUGUUGACUUCUUCCUAAAUAAAUUAAAUCACAACAAUGUUAAA